ACAGCCCUUACGUGUACCUCGUCGAGCUGCUGGCAGAGGAGUGCAGACGCGUUGGUUGUUCGCAUCUACAUCACAUUUAUUUUUGAGAAACGGAGAACAGAGAACGAAACAAAAUUCGAGGCUUUCAAUUUUAACUUUGUCUUCUUUCAAACUGUAAUAUUUCAACGAAGCGACGUCGCCGGGCUGGCGGACAGCGCGUAUCAUCAUCAGCCUCGCGCCAAACACUUCAUACCACGGGACAUUAAUAAACAUUAAGCGCCGUAAGCUAACAGUUAGCAGGCAGAAGCACGAGCCACAAGGCUGCGUUACUGUUUACCUCCGCCUAGCCUGCCACACAGCUAGCAAUAAGACCCCGAAGACUGUAGCAGAGAGAUGCAGUCAUCAGAGCAGCACAGGCAGGCUUGACUCUGGCGUCAGACAACCAUGGAGUCCUCGUCUGAGUCCCAGCUGGAGCCUGAGACAACUUUGCACCAUGCAGAGUUGAGAGAACAUCAUGCCGCCUCUGCUGCCGUAACGUCCAGCGAUGACAGCAUCCUUCUGACCCCAGGCAGGAUGAGCCAACGGCAGGCCAAGGAGCAGGACAAGGAGAAGGAGAAGGAGGCAGGCCUCCAAACACCCAACAGGGAGCACAUUGCCACGCCCUCUAACCUCAGCCCAGGGGUCAGCUACAGCCAGGGUUUCGAGAGAGUGAAGGAGGACCUGCUGCCUCUGCCUUUGAAGGAGGACUCUAAUUCCAUAUCAAAGAGCAAGUCGGAAACCAAGCUUUACAAUGGCUCAGAUAAAGACGUGCCCACGUCUGGUGGAAAGCUCACCAAGAAGGAGUCCCUCAAGGUACAGAAAAAGAACUACAGAGAAGAGAAGAAGAGGGCGACCAAGGAGCUGCUCAGCACCAUCACAGAUCCCUCUGUUAUCGUCAUGGCCGACUGGCUGAAGAUCCGAGGCACGCUUAAGAGCUGGACCAAGCUGUGGUGUGUGCUGAAACCAGGCGUCCUGCUCAUAUACAAGACUCACAAAAACGGCCAGUGGGUGGGAACGGUACUGCUAAAUGCCUGCGAACUCAUCGAGAGGCCUUCCAAGAAGGAUGGCUUCUGCUUCAAGCUCUUCCAUCCACUGGAGCAGUCCAUCUGGGCUGUUAAGGGACCUAAAGGAGAAGCAGUGGGCUCCAUCACGCAACCGUUACCCAGCAGCCACCUCAUCUUCCGAGCCGCGUCAGAAUCUGACGGUCGAUGCUGGAUGGAUGCGCUGGAGCUGGCCCUAAAGUGUUCCAGUCUGCUAAAGAGGACUAUGAUCCGGGAGGGGAAGGAGGACAUGAGCGCUGUGUCAACGGCUGGAGAGCACUCCAUUAAUUUCUACAGCCUCCUCAGGGCGCACAACAUCCACGGUUUCCAGUUCAACGACAGCGACCAUCUGAAAGACCCGGACCUGUACUCAGAUAAAUCAGACAGGGAGGGAGAACAGGACCACGAGGAGUCCGACCCAGAGGGCCUGGAAAAAAGUGAGGAGAGCGACAGCGACACAUCAGAGCGGCAGGAUGACUCCUACAUCGACCUGGACCCCAAUGAGCAUCUGAGGGAAACCCCCUACAUGGAGCAGUCGCACGAAGAGUUGGGGGAGGCCGGAGAGGCUGCUCAGACGGAGACUGUAUCCGAGGAGAACAAAUCUCUCAUCUGGACUCUGCUGAAGCAAGUGCGACCAGGCAUGGAUCUGUCCAAGGUUGUCUUGCCCACGUUUAUUCUGGAGCCCAGAUCCUUCCUGGACAAGCUGUCCGACUACUACUACCACGCAGAUUUCCUGUCAGAAGCUGCAGUUGAAGAGAAUGCUUACAACCGGAUGAAGAAGGUGGUGAAAUGGUACAUUUCUGGCUUUUACAAGAAGCCAAAGGGGUUGAAGAAACCUUACAACCCUAUUAUUGGAGAGACGUAUCGGUGCAUGUGGCUGCAUCAGAAGACCAACAGCAAAACGUUUUACAUUGCAGAACAGGUCUCUCACCAUCCCCCCGUGUCGGCCUUCUACGUCAGCAACAGGAAAGAUGGCUUCUGCCUCAGUGGGAGCAUCCUCGCCAAGUCCAAGUUCUACGGGAACUCGCUGUCAGCCAUAUUAGACGGAGAGGCUCGGCUUACCUUCCUCAACCGAGGGGAGGACUACGUCAUGAACAUGCCGUACGCUCACUGUAAAGGUAUUCUUUAUGGAACUAUGACCUUGGAGCUGGGUGGUCAGGUUACCAUAGCGUGUGAGAAAACGGGCUACAGCGCUCAGCUAGAGUUCAAACUGAAGCGACAGCCGUUCCUGGGCAGCGGCGACUGUGUCAAUCAGAUCUCUGGGAAGAUCAAAUUGGGAAAGGAAGUGCUGGCUACUCUAGAGGGACACUGGGACAGCGAGAUCUUCAUCAAUGACAAGAAGACGGGGAUCAUGGAUACUUUCUGGGACCCCACACCAGAGCUGAGACAGAACCGGCUGAUCCGCUACACCGUCCCACCGGAAGAGCAGGGAGAGUUUGAGUCAGAGAGGCUGUGGCAGCAUGUGACCCGAGCCAUCAACAGCAAGGACCAGACAGAGGCCACCAACGAGAAGUUCAUCCUGGAGGAAGCUCAGAGGAAGGCAGCCCGCGAACGCAAAGUCAAAUGCGAGGACUGGGUCCCGGCCUUAUUCGAGCAGGACCCCAUCAGCGGAGAAUGGCAUUACAGAUAUGCCGACACCAGGCCAUGGGAUCCGCUCAACGACCUGAUUCAGUUCGAGAAAGACGGCUGCAUCCAGACCAAGGUCCGACACCGCACCCCUAUGGUACGUUCUGGCAGUCUUAUUAGUCUGAGUAACCAGGGGCCGCGGAGGGACAAUUGCAAGUGUCAGGUGACGGUGCCAAAGAGGAAGCACAAGAGCGACAAGCCCAAGAGCCCAGAAAGUGGCUGCUCUUCACCAGAACCCGAUCGCCACGACUCAUCAGGCAGCGAGCGACACAAAAGCAAGCAUAACAGUCGGAUGAGGAAAAAGGGUGCAGACCUGAGUGAGCUGCAAAGCGCCAUCGAGUCGAUAAAGCAGACGCAGGAAGACAUAAACAGGAGCGUCACUCUGCUGCGGAGCCGAACGGCGGGACAGACGGAGAGCAGCUCCUUCCUCCAGCAGCGGGACUACGUCAUCAUCGCAUUCCUCAUCCUACUUCAGGUUCUAAUCAACUACAUUUUCAAGUAGCAGCCAUGAGGCCCACUGACUUUCACUCAGACGUGGACAUCUAGACAUGAAGAUGGAGGUUUUUCGACAAGCGGACCUCCAGCCCCCUCCUCCUCUCUGUUUAAUAAACCCAUAUAUAUAUCUAUAUAUAUCUGUGUUCUGAAGAGCAGAAGGCUCCACUCAAACAGACGUUUUUUAUGGCGUAUUUAUUCAUAAACUUCACCACAGCGAAUCUCUGCGAAGAUGAGAGAUUUCAAAGAGGAGAGGAGCA